UUUUCUGUCAGCUCUGACAUACCCUGAAAAGCCACAACUGAUUUUACACAGCAGAGGGGUCUUGUCUAUAUGAGUGUGUGAGUAUCUCAUAAAGAGACCUACCAGCAUUUAAUUGACCGCACAAGAGAGAGAGAGACACUAUCAUCGGCAAAUCCAGAGCCAAACAGACAAGUAUGGCAGCGUGGGACCUUACAGUCACAGUGGAGGAUCUUGGUCCUGAUGCCCCACCCCUUCAAAUCAGCGUGACCUCUGAUCUGCACAUUGGCGGAGUAAUUCUCAAAUUAGUUGAACAGACCAAUCUAAAGAGGGACUGGUCCGAUCAUGCCCUGUGGUGGGAGCAGAAGCAGCAGUGGCUGCUGCGGACCGGCUGGACACUGGACAAAUGUGGGGUCCACGCAGACGCUCGCCUCAUCUUCACCCCACAGCACAAGCCUCUGCGACUGGGCUUACCAAAUGGGGCUACGUUGAAAAUGCGAGCCUGUUUCUCCAGUCCUGUGUUUCGUACAGUCAUGGGCAUCUGCAGGGUUCUCAAUUUACGUCACCCAGAGGAGCUCUCCUUGCUCCGUCCUGUUGAGGAAAAAAAGAAAAAGAAAGACAAAGAUUCCUCAGAAGAGCUGUAUGAUCUUACAGAUGUUCCUCUAACCGCAGGCUCUGUUCAAGCUCUGUACAAUGGCAUGCCGGCUCAUUUUGCUGACUCUCCGAAGACUGAGGCUGUGUAUAAAAUGCUGUCUGUCAGCUUGCCCUCACCUGCUCCUGAAGCCAUCGCUAAACUCUACCGGCCAGCCAGUAUAGUGGACAAAACACAUAUUCACACCAGGUGGCUGGAUUCAUCUCGUUCACUAAUGCAGCAGGGAAUACAAGAGAAUGACAAACUAGGGCUUCGUUUCAAAUACUACACUUUCCAUGAUAUGGAUCCCAAGUAUGAUGCGGUGCGUUUGACGCAGUUGUAUGAACAAGCUCGCUGGGCUAUUCUCUUGGAGGACAUAGACUGCACAGAAGAGGAAAUGAUGCUGUUCGGAGCCCUGCAGUACCACAUAGGAAAACAGUCCUUGUCUCAGGACAUGGUCUCUUCCUGUCAAGGGAUGGAUGACUUGGAGUCUGCCCUGAAAUCCCUGGAGGUCAAGAUGGUGGGAGAUGGCAACAGCACAGACAUGCUGGAUAACAUGACUGCCCCAGAGCUGAAUGACCAUUUGAAAAUAUUUAGGCCUAAGAGACUAACUCUCAAGGGUUACAAGCAAUACUGGUGCAAAUUUCAGGAGACAUCGAUCUCCUAUUAUAAAAGUAAAGAGGACCGCUAUGGAGAGCCCAUUCAACAGUUGAACCUGAAAGGCUGUGAGGUUGCCCCUGAUGUCAAUGUAGCAGGCCAGAAAUUCUGUAUCAAACUCCUCAUUCCUGCACCAGAAGGCAUGAAUGAAAUCUACUUGCGAUGUGAAAAUGAGAAGCAGUACUCUCAGUGGAUGGCCGCCUGUAAGCUGGCAUCCAAGGGCCUGACGUUAUUGGACAGCUCGUAUCAAAGUGAGGUACAGAACAUCCAGACGUUCCUUUCAAUGCAGCGUUCCAGCUCUGCAGCUCCCACGUCACAAACUGAUGAGAGCAUCAACACACACAGCCUCGUCUCACCGAGAUACCAGAAGAAAUACAAGCCCAAACAGUUAACCCCUCGUAUCCUGGAGGCCUAUCAGAAUAUCGCCCAGCUCUCUUUGACGUCUGCCAUCUUGAAGUUCCUGCAGAUCUGGCAAGCUCUGCCUGAUUUUGGAAUCUCCUACUUCAUGGUCAGGUUUAAGGGCAGUCGUAAGGACGAAGUUCUGGGCAUCGCUAACAACCGUCUGAUCCGUAUAGACCUGGGAGUCGGAGAUGUGGUGAAGACGUGGCGUUAUAGUAACAUGAGACAGUGGAAUGUUAAUUGGGACAUACGACAGGUGGCGAUUGAAUUUGACGGAAACAUUAACAUAGCAUUCGGCUGUGUGAACGCAGACUGUAAGGUUGUGCAUGAGUACAUCGGAGGAUACAUCUUCAUGUCCACUCGUGCACGACAGCAAAGCGACACACUGAACGAGGAGCUCUUCCACAAACUCACCGGCGGCCACGAGGCUCUCUGAGCACAAAACCGCAACUCACAGAGAAAAAAAAAACAUUCCUGAGGCUACAAAUGGAGGAAACUGAUAAGAAUUCAGUGUUAGCACUGCACAGCAACUCUCCCUUUCUUCAUCAUUUAGUGUUCAAUAUACAAGCAUUUGAUUUGAAACAUGGAUGUCUUCCACAAUAUGAUACACACAUCUAAUCAUCACACUUAAUAUAAUAAGUGCCUAACAUGAAAAUAUGAAAAAAUUAAUGAUUUCCGAUAUUUAAAAAAAAAAAAAUCUUACUGUAAUGAUUUAUUUUUCUUUUCAUAAAACACUUAUUAUUAAGCAGGAUGUCUGAAUUUGUGCCAUCUCAUAUGAGUAACAGCUCAGGAAACCACUGUCUAUCAUCUUUAGACCAGACAAUAAUAUUAGCCCCAGUCUACAGCUCAUAAUUUCCUAUCUCAGUCCAACAGAGUUUCAGUUACUUGUUCCAGGGUUAUUUUUAGAUAGUCCUCAGUGUCAUGCUGGGUGGGAGAGUUUAGUAUUGUGUUAACAAAGUGCCAUCUCUGGAUUGUCCUAAUGAGUCACAGCCUUGCUGAUUCUCUAUUAUUCACAAGCAUGAGAAACAUAAAGUGUUGGAAUAUUGUGAAUAUUAUUAAACAUUAUGGUAUACCAUUAUAUUCCUUUAAACAAUGAAAAAAAAUACUAUUUGAGUAGCCUGUGUAUGUAACAAACAUGUUUUGAGCUUCUAGUAGUAAUUUUAAAUAAAUCUGACCUCAGAUCUACCAAAAAUGA